GUUUUUUCUCACGUACGUAUCGCUCGUAAUAAACGGCUAACGAAGUAUAGCAACAUAUCAUUAUUGGAACGAUAAUGUGUGUUGUCACUGAAGCCAUCCCUGUGUUUCUAAGUACCACGCUCUGCGAUUUAGAUGAAUAUUCCUUGGGACACGUGUUUUUAUAUCUUGCCGUUCCUGAUCUUGAUAACUGUAUGCUGGUGUGCCGGAAAUUUAAGCGGAUUAUUCAGCAAUUUGUUCUCCCUAAAAAAUGCAUUCAUGCGCUUGUAGCUGGCAAUGGCAAUGGAAUAAAUUUAAGUCCUAAUAGAUACACACCUCGAAAGCGUGUGAAAAUAGACGAAAAUUGGUGCAAUGGACGUUAUGAAGAGCGCACAUACUUUCAUCACAAUAUCAUGUAUAUAUCCCAGAUGACAAUUGAUAAGGAUUGGCUCUACAUGACCCAUGGGGGCCGUCUACAGGCUCAUCGAAGAACUAAAGACCGAUAUUUGAUAGAUACCAGAAGCAGCUGGGUGAUUGGUGAUAUCCGCGAUUCGGAUAUUUCCAGUUUGGCAAGAGAAAAUAGUUCUUUUUUCGCUGGCCGUAUGGAUGGCAACGUUGUGGUUUAUGAUCGUUCAACCCAGCAUCAUGUGAUUCAACGAAUAUCGAAUGAUAUCAUAACGGCGGUAGACUUACAUGGAAAUGUCUACGCUGUUACCACGAAAAACCAAUCUACCUACAUACUACGUUGUUCCAAUGAAAAGCUGGAUAUACUCGAUGAUGGUGAAGGCCCCUUGCUACAACUCAACUACUCUUACGCGGAACCGUAUGAAACAAUUAAACUAAACAGUGACCGGUUAGCGGCUGGAAAAUUUCACAGUAGUAAACAUGAAGCACUACAGUUAAUAGAUCUAUGCAGCUGCACGAUUACAAAGUUGAACUCAAAAACGAUGGCAGUUUAUGAUGUGCUAUGGAAGGACGACAAUUGUAUUCUCUCUGGAAACUUCGACACUACUUUACGCCUCAUUGAUACGCGAACAGGGAAUGAUGAAGCCUGCUGGUCAGAUCCAUAUAAUGCAUCGAUUUACUGUUUAAAUUAUAAUGGAUCGUAUGCAGUUCACUGUGGUUUGAAAUAUCACUACCGUACAAAUCUUUAUGAUUUGCGCGUUCCAAAACGCUGCAUUCAAAUGUAUUUUCCUUCAAAGAAAAAUAGGAAUUACUCACCAGUUUAUAGCAUUGCUGCUGAUUGCAGUCUGCUGUUCAUCGUCACCGAUCAUAAUUUGCGGAUACUCAAUUUUGAUGCAGACUGGGCGAUUGCAAAAGACUAUGCUGCUAUUUAGCAGCAACGUUAAGUGUUUCGAGAUGUAAUCUUUGAAAUAAAGGUGCAAAGAAGAGUGAUUAAUAAAAAAAUUUAUUAGAGUAAA